GGGAUGGAAUGUUGUUGGUGAGCCGCUGCCGGUCGCAGUCUCCUUGUCACGGCCUUUGCUGUUUGACCCGGCUGCUUCUUGCCGGGUAGUGAGAGUGACAUGGGAGGUAGCGGGAGCACCCGGAGAGUCUCGUUCGAGGCGGAUGAGAAUGAUAAUAUUACAGUGGUGAAGGGCAUCCGGCUAUCCGAUAAUGUAAUCAACCGUAUGAGAGAACCGUCAGCACCAGUUCCCAGACCACAACCUUCACCAUCACAGACAAAACAGCCUACUGUUGAGCCUCUCUCUCCUAGUUACGCAGUGGAUGAAGAUGAACUUAGAAGAAAAAUUGCACAAGAACUGGCUUUAGAACAAGCAAAAAGACAAUCGGACAAUCAGAAGAGACUGGAACAUGAAAAACUGAUUGUGCAUGAGGAAAUUGGGAAAGCUAUAGAACGAGAACGUAAUGCUUCAAAUGAGCAACUUACAAGGGCUGUACUGCGAGAGAAGGCUGCGGCAGAGGAUGAACGCCUUAAAGCAAAGACUUUUGAACUGACAACUCGGGCAAAGAAAUUGAAUGAAAAAGAGCGUGACCUGAAGCGUUUGGAUGAUUAUUAUAAAGAUCAACUGGCAAGACUGGAAGAGAGGAGUGCCCAGUUUUACAAGGUUACUACCGAGCAAUACCAAAAAGCUGCCAGUGAAGUGGAGGCCAGAUUCAAACGAUAUGAGGCUCAUCCAGUUUGUGCUGACCUGCAGACUAAAAUUCUUCAGUGCUAUCAGCAGAACCCACAGCAGUCUCUUAGCUGCUCUUCAUUGGCCAGCCAGUACCUGCAUUGUGUAAACGGUGCCAAACAGAGUCUGCUUGGGAGAGGAGGGUAGAAGCCCUGUUUGUGGCGAAAAAGCAUCUUAACCCAUUUUAAUAUGAGGCCUCGGAAGAGAACACAAAGUAAAAGAAAACAAAACAUGAUUGUUUGCAUUAUUGCAGUUAUUCUUAUAUCUUAUAUCACUUGGUUACAUUAAAUUAUAAAGAUGUCUUGGACUAUUUUCCUAUACUUCUUGAGUGGUAUGUGUCAUGUUUUAUUAGACAAAUCGUAUCUAUUGGCCUUUGUAUUGAAAUGCACUUGAUGCCUUUUAUGUAAUGUAACCUGAUGUAAUAUUAUCUUUCACUGUAUUUUACAGUUGCAUAUCGACAUCUGUGCCCUACAUUUUGUCUGUUUUAAGUCAGGAUUCCUAAUAAAAAAAUAAUAAUACAA